GUGGUGAGUGGGAGGACCAAUGAACCAGCAAUUCACAAAUGAUAAACUUCACCCAGGUAGAUGAUUCCUGUUUUAGCAGACAGUCAUUGGUGGAAGUGGUCCUGUUGUGGUGCAUCGGUAGUAUUCCCUACUCUUGAACCAAGAGAUCCGGGUUCAAGACCCACUUACUCCAGAAAUGUGUAAUUACACUGGCAGCAGCAGGAAUGCCUGUAGAGAUACCUAAACAGGGGUGGGCGGAAUAAACUUGCAGAUAUACGUAUGUUUACCUGUACCCAGAUUAGAAUAAAUCUGCGGAGAUAAAUAAUGUACCAACUCAAUAGGACUGUAGUAAAUGUGCAGAGAGAGAGAGAUACACUUGACCAUAACUAUAGAAAUACAAUUACCCAGUCAUGAAAAGUGGUGAUAAAGGGAUGAGGUGGAGUGUCGAUGGGGAACUGGAAGAGGAGAGGAGGGUGGGAAUUAGGGAGGACGGAUGGAUGGGAUAGAUGCAUGGUGACCAAGAGUGCAAGUUAAGUGUGGCUGGAUGGUACAGAGCACAUACAUACAUGGAUGACUAACACGUGUGGUUAAGAAAGUGAUUAUGUACAGUGGGCAUAGAUGCAUUGAUGUGCUAGAAGGGACUAACAUGUCUAAGACUAAAAUGAGGUAGUGUGGUGGGAUUGGCGUGGGGAGAUUCCUUGAAGUGGGGCUAUGGGAGCUAAUCAGCCUGGGGAGUUGUAGGAACAACAACAAUGUGGGGUAUAGUGUGAUGAGGGUAUUAUGUCUGAGAUAGAAGGAUUGUGGGGUGAUGGUGAAAUGGGGAAAAAAUAUCUGGUUGUAAUUAGGAUAUUUUGAGGUGUUGAGAUGAAUUUAUUCAAGAAUAAUCAGGUUUGCUUAGAGUUCCUGGAAAUCUUGGGGUAUUUCAGAAGAUUUUGAUGCUUCAGGGUGUAAUUGGGUCUUAUUGGUACUUUGAGCUGCCAUCAGGUCUGGAGAUUAAUGUUCACUGGAUUGUAUGAGCAAUAACACAAGAUGAGGAUCAGUAACCCAGGGGCAGUGUGUUUGAAGCAGGCUGUUAACACAGCAGCUCGACGCCGUAGGUGGAAACGCAAGGCCAUGUUGGUGUUGACUGAUGUGUCAGGACCCAAGCAACUGAGUGUGUUGUCACGCAGCUGUUGUCUGCUUGCACCCUGUCGCCGAGGAGUGAAAAGACCCCACCACAAACGGAGUACAAAGAAUGCUGCAGUUUGGGAAAGUACAGAAGAAGUGUGUGACGCUGAUGAGACUGAAAGAUCAAAUGUCAUAGAACAAGAUGAAGAGCAAAAUGAGGAAGAAGAAAAUAAUACUGAAUCCCCUCCUUAUAACACAGAUGGUAAGGUUAAUGGUUCACUUACAGAAAGCAGGACUCAGCCAAAACAUGCUUGCCAAGCCAUGGAGGCCAAUGGAGAAGGAGAAUAUCAGCAAUUGUAUACAGAUUCAUUUGCCCUUAAUGGGAUUCACAACAGUGAAUCAUCUCAAGAUUUCAUUGAUGAUGCUGCUUCCCUUGAAGCUAGUACAAGACUGUCACUCACUGCAGUGAACAUUGGGAAUGAGCAGACUGUUGUCCUCAUGUCCCCAUCACAGAAGUUGACAUUUCAAGGAAGAUGUCGCAUGACUUGUCUGUAUGGGAGUGUCCAAGUGUUAGGAUUUACAAUUGGACAGGGCCAGCCUGCAUAUUGCCUGUACUCCUUACCGACACACACUGCCCUGAGCAUCGAAGCACUGCCUCAUUGUAAACCAGGCCGUACCAAGCGAGAGAUGAAAAUGGAGGUGAAGGCAGUUUUCCGGCAGCAUGUACCAGCAGCAUCAAGACACAAUUUGAUAAAGGAAGUGACAUCUUCAUGCUCUGUUCUGCUCUUCGAGCAUCUCGACACCCCUGGCACUGUUUAUCUCUCUGGCUUCCCAGAGUACAGGGAAAUCUUUACUUCACAUUCAAAGAAGUUGAAUUCUAGAAAACAUCCAUUCCUUGAAUGCUCAGCUUUGACCUCAAUUGGAGUCAUUCCCCUCCCUGAUGAUCAGGGGAUAACUAUGUCGGACAGCUGGAUUGCCACUGUGCAGGAACUUUUAAACACAUGUCUGGAAGAUGAUGAUAGAUGUCCCAUUAUCCUGGUAUGUGGAGGAAAGAAUUUUGGGAAGUCAACCUUCAGCAGAUAUCUCCUGAAUUCAUUUCUAAAUCAUAUUCCGUGUGUGGAGUUUCUGGAGCUUGACUUGGGUCAGACAGAGUUCAGCCCCCCUGGCUGCAUGGCAUUACACUUGGUGACUGAACCAAUUCUCGGCCCUCCUUACAUGCACCAGUGUGAGCCCCGUAAGAUGUUGUAUUAUGGUGAUGUGUCCUGUGAGCGGGACUUGGAUCGAUAUCUGGAAACUGCAAAGUAUCUAUAUGCUGGAUGCAAGAAGGAAACACCUUUGGUCAUAAACACCAUGGGCUGGGUCAAAGGAUUUGGUUUGUCGAUUUUGGUUGAUCUGAUUCGGCUCUUGGCCCCAACCCACGUGGUGCAGCUUGGCAGUGCUGAAAGGAACCAGGAUCCUCCACCCCUCACACCAGAGUUUGUGCGGACAGCAGCUGGAUGGCAAACUAAGGGAAAGCAUCACAUUCAGCAAAAGCCUAUAGAUUUCAAGAUGCCCUUGAGCUUAUCAGAGGAGGAGGAGGAGGAGGAAGAAGAGGAUCAUGUAACCCUGCAGGGAGGAUUCCGGGGGCAUAGGUUGAUGCGUGUUCAGUCUGAGUUCCCUGGAGUGGGAGAGGGAAGCUGUUUGAAGUUCCGCAGCAAUGUCUUAAGAGAGUUGGCUCUUCUGGGUUAUUUUAGCCAACUGCAGCCAUCAGACACUGGGUGUCCCUUGCUGUUGCACAGCACGCUACCCUAUCAGGUGCCAUUUAGUGCAGUUGCUCUGCAUGUGUUACAUUGUGAUGUAACUCCUACCAACAUUUUGUAUGCAGCCAAUGCCAGUUUAGUUGGAUUAUGCAGAAUACCAGAUGUUGUCUGCUCCCAGGCAGAUGGGCCUGUAUUGCUCCCAAAGCCUCCAAUAUGUGACUGUUUUGGUAUUGGAAUAAUUCGUGGGAUUAAUUUGGAGAAGAGAUUGUAUUAUAUACUGACACCGGUUCCUGUGGCCAGGCUAAAACAGGUUAAUUGCUUGCUGAUUGGAGCAGUCACCAUCCCCCAUUCACUUUUCAGGAACCAGCCUGAAGUGACAGGAGAAGUUCCGUACGUAACGUCUGAUUAUUCCUUCGAUAUUUCUGGAGCUGGAAAAAUUAAAGUAUGUAAACAGCUGAGGAGGCGGGAACAUCAUAAAGAUGUCUCAUAAUGGGGAGAAUUCCUGCUCAUCCUUAAAUCAGGGCAAAUGAACGUUUGGUAAUGUGGGUUAAUUGGCACUGUGCCUUAUUGCAGUAUUUGGGGUUUAAAAAUGAGGGUUUGAGAAGUAAAUGUGAACGGUCUGCAGACUGCUUUAUUUUAGCCCCCUUUCCUUUCCUUCCCCUCCCCCCCCCCCCCCCCCACCCCAACACCACUUUUUAUCAAUCUCAGACUGUCAUCUAACCCAUGCUGAAUGAGAAAUCUUUGUUUUAAAGUUUGACACUGAGCAUUUGUUGUAAAUAAAGAAUUACUUGGCAUCCCA